AAGUCCCAACCAACUGUUAUCUAACCGAAGUUUCCCCUCUCAGUUACUUUUCCAUUGCAAAAAAACAACAAUAGUGCUUUAUGCAUUUUAGAAGCCACCCUAACCCUUUUAGAAAGGCAAUUUGUUCUGCGUCCAUCGCUGAACGUGAUGCCCAACCUUUCACAGAGUGACCUAUGGACACUGUUGGCCAUGGAGGCAGCAGAUCGAGCCAACGCCUCUCUGGCAGAAGAUUCACAACCCGGAGUGAAUUCCUCCAGCUGCUGCGCCAACGCGAGCGCCACCGAGGAUCGGGUCUUCCAGAGGCUGGACGACGGCACCAAGCUGCUCGGCGUCCAGGUCGCGCUCAUCCUCGCCUACAGCGCCAUCAUCUUGUUUGGAGUCACGGGAAACUCCCUGGUGAUCUACGUGGUCUUCAAGUUCAAGCCGCUGAGGACCGUCACCAACUUCUUCAUCGUGAACCUGGCCGUGGCCGACCUGCUGGUGAACACGCUGUGUUUGCCCUUCACGCUCGUCUACACGCUGGACGGCGAGUGGACGCUGGGGCGGGGCCUGUGCUUCGCGCUGCCCUUCGCCCAGGGCCUGGCGGUGCACGUGUCCACCGUCACCCUGAACGUCAUCGCCCUCGACCGCCACCGCACCAUCGUCCACCACACCAAGACCCAGAUGUCCAGGGAGGCGUGCGCCGCCGUCGUCGCCGCCACGUGGGCCGCCAGCGCCCUGCUGGCCAGCCCGCUCGCCAUCUUCAGGGAGUACAAGACGGUGGACCUGUCGCCGGGCGAGUCCCUGCAGGUGUGCGCGGAGAGGUGGCCGAGCGGCGGGAGCGCGUACAGCGCGGCGGCGCUCGUCGCGCAGUACGCGCUGCCUCUGGCCAUCAACUGCGUCGUCUACGCCCGCAUCUGGAACAAGCUGCAGAGUCACGCGGCCGCCGGCAGCCGAGGGGACCGGCGCCACCGGCGGCGGAGGAACACCACCAAGAUGCUGUGGACCGUGGUGGCGGUGUUUGCCGUCAGCUGGCUGCCCUUGCACGCGUUCCAGCUGGCGGUGGACGUCGGCGCCGCCGUGGCGUACCGGGGCGACUUCAAGCUGCUUUUCACCGCGUUCCACGUGGUGGCGAUGUGCUCGACGUUCGUCAACCCCAUCCUGUACGGGUGGCUGAACAAGAACUUCCGGGCGGCCUUCCUGUCGGCGUGCGGCUGCGGCCGGCGGCUCCAGCGCCAGUCGGGGGAGCCCGGGGGCCGAGAGACGCGGAGGAAGGUGGACAGGUGUUGCACCGAUAGCAAAUCAACAAACGUGUAGGUUUUGUCGAAGUCAAAGAAGGUUUCGCUGGGACUUGUUGGUUUUUUUCAUGUGGACAUUUUAAGGCACAAUUAAAAUGAAAUGGGACUAUUUAAAUGGGUUUUGUUAUGUUCAGAAAAUGAAGAAGCACCAGACGGACGGGAGACAUCUUGAUCUCGAGAGCAAUGGCUGCCUACAAGUAUUUAUACCGAUCAGUAUCAGGUGUGAACGUUAGUGGCCACGCCCCCUGGGAGUGGUCUCCUGGUGAGUUCAAUGUAGCUCGGAUUUCGAAGGCCUCUCAGUCAAUAUCAGUUGUGUUAUUAAGUAUUACCCGAAUGCAUUUUGGUAGAUUACAUUACAUUGAAUACAAUCAUAACUGUACAUUGGUAUUAUUCUAUUCAAUUACAGUUUCAAAAUUACAGUGGUUUUUACAACGCUCCCAUUACUUUUUUAAAUACAUAUCUCCAGAAUCGUGGUUGUAUUUUGGUGUACACUAAAUUUUUAUUUUUUAUUUAUGGUUAAUUUAUGAACCUGGUCGUCAAUUUAUUUUUUAAUAACCUACAGUUCAAAUGGGGCCUGGACCUCGAAAGUGACCCAAUGUACAUUACGGUUACAAUUUUUUUUACUACCAGUAUGUACUGGAACAUCCUCCACUGUAUUAGAAAAGCCAAUUUAGAUGAUUUCACAAUUUGAAGCCAGAGGAAGGGCCCCAUAACCUGCAACCAUAUCACAGCAACGUCAGAACCUCAUUGUCUAAGGUCUGUUGUGUACAUCAAGUCCUUCUAUGCCAAUCACGUGUACCUCAGCUGACCUGACAAAACUUGAUCACGACCCUUUUUGACACCAGCGGUAUCACUCAAAGGACAUUACUAGGACGUUAAGUAGUAGCUGGAGCGUUUGUAGAUAUCUGUACAUAUCAACGUGUAGGCCUUCAUCGCCAAAGUAAAUGUUUCGCGAAUUAAAAAAAACGCGGAGCUGUUUAAAGGAGUCGAGAUCGGCGGCGUUGCCUCUGCGAAAGGCUCUCGACGCGGCUUACACCCGCAAUGGUGCAGUCACAGCUGAUUUACCUGAGCGCCAAUGAAAGGUUGUGCGCUAUAUAUACUAGGUGCUGUGUUUCAUGCCACAAUGCCAAAAGAAAAAUCGCAAAGCCAAGGCGAGUCAGGGUUCACACUGUGUACAAAUGAUUAUCGAAGCAAGGAUGCAGAAUGAUUGUGUUGAGGGUGCAGCAGGAAACUGGUGGAGGUUUCUUUCUGUUACUAUUCACACGAGGAGUUCCUCCCCCCCCCCUCCCUCCCUACCUGUCUUUGUUUGCAGCCAGCAGCCUAAUUGUUCAGGCUUCUGAGAGCCCUUCCUAUUGACCAGGUCCCCACUGAUUUACUGCGCGCGUACGUGAGGACACGAGGGCACUCGUGCAUCAGCUCCACGUGUCCAUUUAUAGUCGGAAACUGCGUCCGGCGGUUGAUCAAACCGAUUGAACUCUUAGCGAUUCCUCGGGAGGAGGAUGCUCGCCAACAAGAGCUCUUCGAAGACUCCUCAGAUGUUCCCUUGGGGAACGCGUUCACGGCCUCACUCCUCGGGUCUUUGUCUCGCUCCGUCCACGUUCUCUCGGUGACCAGCGGAGCCGAUGGUUUGUCUCCGUUGGGAAAUGGUUGAAAGUGGAGAGGAUGGUUGAGCGGCGCGAUGAGAGGAUUCACUGAUUGAUGUGCCUAAUGGCUCGUGGCUUCAGGAGGGACGUUGUUGCCGUGCGUUCGGCUCGGCGGGAACACUUCAUC